AGUGAUUUCCCGCUUAUAUGCAUCCACUGAUUCUACUCACCUCAGUCAAACCCUUUCCCCAUCGCCAAAUUUCUUCCUUUUCCAUUAAUUAAUCCCUCAGCCAUGUCCACUCGCCGCGCCGCCGGAGACGACGGCGCCACCCUCCGUCCCCGUCCCCUCUCCGCCUCUCGCAGGUUCCCCUCUCCCUCCCUCUCUCUCCAAAAAGAAAACUCCAACCCUCGCCGCCCCACCCUCCCUCGCGGCCGCAGCUCCAGCCCCUCCGAUCUCCCCCGCUCCCGCCCCUCCCUCGACCGCUCCUCCUCCCACAAGCCCACCCACGACCCCACCCCUAAACCUAAGCCCAAGCCCAAGCCCAAACCCACCGCCCCAAACCCCAAACCUUCCACCACCACCAGGUCCACCAUCAACAAUUCCCAAGACACCACAACCACAACCACAACCAACGCCAAAUACCCUAGCAAACUUCACGAGAAGCUUGCUUUCCUCGAAGGCAAAGUCAAGAGAAUCGCUUCCGACAUAAAGAAGACAAAGGAGAUGCUCGACCUCAACAACCCCGACGCCUCCAAGCUCAUUCUCUCCGACAUUCAGGACAAGAUCUCCGGCAUCGAGAAGGCCAUGGUCCAUGUCGUUCCAAACCAAAACGACGCCGUUGUCGAAGCCGUCCAGAGCGAGCCCUUGCUCAAAGGUCUCAAAUUGAACACUCAUGAACUCGAGGCGCGUUUGUUCCCUCACCAGAAACUGCUCCGAGAUCGGGUGGUGGGCAAGGAAAACGACAAGGACUCUGCGCUGGAAGCUAAGGUGUUGAGUCCGGUUGAUGAUAACUCGGUUGCGGUUCAGUUCUUGGCUUUGAUUGAUAAGGAGAAUGCAGGGGGAGAAGUGAAGGAAAAGGGUGGUGGGAGUGGUGCUUUGAGUGAAAGGAAGUGUGGCAUUGAUGAGCUGCUUGAGGCGGAUGAGAAGCUUGAGGAGUUUGAUGAUGAUCAGGAGAAUAAGGAAGGGGCGGCUAUUGAGGAGGAGAUGGAUGAGGCUUUUAAUUUCAGGCUCAAAGGGAUUGGUGACAAGGUUGCCUCCAGCGGGUGGUUCGUGUCCGAAGGCGAGGCCGUCCUCCUUGCUCACCAUGAUGGUUCUUGCACCUAUUAUGAUAUUGCCAAUUGUGAGGAAAAAGUUGUAUAUAUGCCUCCUCCAGAAGUUUCACCUAAUACAUGGAGAGAUUGUUGGGUGAUUCGUGCCCCUGGUGCAGAUGGUUGCUCUGGAAGGUUUGUUGUAGCUGCAUCAGCUGGGAAUACUAUGGAUUCAGGGUUUUGCUCGUGGGAUUUUUACACCAAGGAAGUGCGAGCUUUACACGUUGAUAAUGGAACAACCACCUCAAGAACUGCACUUAGACCCUUGCCUAACAACAUUGUGCAAAGAAGAAAUUCCACAUCUAGCAUUGUGGCUGCAGAAGCCAAGCAGUGGUGUUAUAGGCCCUGUGGACCUCUUAUCAUCUCUACUGCCAGCUCACAGAGAGCUGUGAAAGUUUUUGAUGUUCGUGAUGGAGAACAAAUCAUGAAAUGGGAUGUUCAGAAGCCUGUUCUAGCAAUGGAUUAUUCCAGCCCUUUGCAAUGGAGGAACAGAGGGAAAGUAGUGGUAGCUGAAGCUGAAUCUAUUUCUUUGUGGGAUGUGAACUCACUUAACCCUCAAGCACUGCUCUCUGUUCCUUCAGGUGGUCGAAAAGUUUCUGCUCUCCAUGUGAGCAACAGUGAUGCAGAAUUGGGUGGAGGGGUUAGGAAAAGAGUAAGCUCAUCAGAGGCUGAAGGAAACGAUGGUGUGUUCUGCACCUCAGAUUCUAUUAAUGUCUUGGACUUUCGCCAGCCAUCUGGUGUAGGCCUUAGGAUAUCAAAACAUGGUGUCAAUGUACAAUCUGUUUUCUCUCGUGGGGAUUCUAUUUUCCUUGGAUGCUCCAGCUCAAGUUCAAUGGGAAAGAAGCAACCCUCAUCACUGCUGCAACAAUUUUCACUCCGCAGACAAGGCCUAUUUGCCACCUAUGCUCUUCCAGACUCCAAUGCACACUCGCAUCAUGCAGCAAUCUCCCAAGUUUGGGGUAAUUCUGACUUUGUCAUGGGUGUUAGUGGCCUAGGGCUAUUUGUGUUUGAUGCACUAAAAGAUGAUGCACUAAGGGUUCUCAACAUGGAUUACUCCAAUGCUCAAAGUUCUAGAGAAGUUAUUGGCCCAGAUGACAUGUAUUGGCCUUCCUUUGAUUAUCUAGGAUCUCGUGCUCUUCUGAUAUCAAGGGAUCGACCAGCUAUGUGGAGGCAUUUAAUAGCUUGAUAGUUAUGAUUUUCUAGUAACUGCAAGCUUUACUUGUGUACAAUUACGAAACAGGAAUUUGCUUAUGGCUUAAGGAUGUUUUGCUGCUUUUGUUUUUACUUGGUAUGCUUUUUAAGGACUUUAGUUUUGUUGUUCAUUAGAGGAGACCAUGUUAGAUGUGGAUGCUUGGUGUUAGUAUUUUAUGCAAUAGCCUCAUACUUUUCCAGGGUGACCGCUUGUUACUGAACAGUCUGCUAAAGCUGAAAGGAAUAUAUAUUUAUGCCAA